AUGUCAAGUCCAAUAUGCCCUAUGCCUCUAGCCGAAAUCUUCCGGGAUAUUCUAGGCAAAGAAAAGGAAACAAACAAAGUCAAGAUACUCUACGAUGAUGCUUUCAAAGCUGAUAUCGGAAGAUGGAUUGCCUCGUGUGCGGUUAUAGGACUUGCGGCCGGUAUAAUUUCAAAGAAUCCAGGUCAAGGUCUACUUGCUGCAUCGGCAUAUAAUCUCGCAGUUGGUGCCCUUCAUUUCUUUGCUGUCAAAAUACCAGUCAGCCCACAAAGCAUGACCAACCCCAGACCACCCAUGUGGUACAGCCUACUUCUCGCUGCUUCAACAGCAAUGUGGCUAGCUGCUCUUGUUGUCAUGUUUGUCAAGAGAGAGGAUAUAAGCGCCUACCAAGAAUCAAACCACGAGAAGCGAAGGACUGGUUUUGUUGGAGAGGUAUCUGAAGGUCCCGUGGCAAUGUUGGAUAAUCUUACUAUUGCUUGUGGCUGUUUUGGAGUUUGUGCCUUCUUGUUUUGUUUAUAUCAGUGGUUUGUUGUUUAUUAUUUGUAUUCGACAAACUUCCGAAAGGUUGAGAUACAAGAAGGUUUUCGAAAGAUCAACAAGAUUGCUCCUCCAAAGAAUAGCAGUUCUGAAGAUGUUUAG